AUGCGUAUGACAUUGAUUAAUACUAUUUUAUGUUUAUUUAUUGCUUUAAUUGGCAUUACACUUUCAUCAAGUUCUUCAUUAGAUAACGAUGAUUAUGCAACUGCUAAUAGUGAUUGGAAUCAAUUUGAUUCUUAUUAUCCAACUCAUUUUCUAAAUGUACGUGCAGCUAAAUCACGAUUUUGGAAACGUGCACCACCUCGUAAAUUCUGGAAACGAUCUUUAGAUGAAUCAACAAUGAACAACAAUGAUAUGGAUAAUUUUCAACAACAAGAAAAACAUUAG